GCCGAAACCGGCGCAACGCAACCCAAACUCCCGGGCCUUUGCGACCCACACCCGCCGCCCUUGAAACGACCGAGACGCCCCUCCCUCCUCUCCGGCGCGUCCAACCUAGUGCUCCGGCUAGCUUUCAGGCGGCGGCGCGAUGGGUGAGCGGAAGGUGCUGAACAAGUACUAUCCGCCGGACUUCGACCCGGCGAAGAUCCCGCGUCGGAAGCAGCCUAAGAACCAGCAGAUCAAGGUGCGCAUGAUGCUUCCCAUGAGCAUCCGGUGUGGCACCUGCGGCACCUACAUCUACAAGGGCACCAAAUUCAACUCGCGCAAGGAGGACUGCAUCGGCGAGACAUACUUGGGCAUACAAAUAUUUAGAUUUUACUUCAAGUGUACUAGGUGCUCAGCUGAGAUUACCUUCAAAACAGACCCUCAAAAUUCAGACUACACGGUGGAAUCUGGGGCUAGUCGCAAUUUUGAACCUUGGCGUGAAGAGGAUGAGGUUGUGGAUAAAGAGAAGAGGAAGCGAGAAGCGGAGGAGAUGGGUGAUGCAAUGAGGGCACUGGAGAACAGAGCAAUGGAUUCAAAGCAAGACAUGGACAUACUUGCUGCUUUAGAAGAGAUGCGGUCGAUGAAGUCUAGACAUGCUGGAGUCUCCGUUGACCAGAUGCUUGAAAUUUUGAAGCAUUCUGCUCAUCAAAAGGAGGAAAAAACAGUAGCAGAACUAGACGAAGAAGACGAAGAACUCAUCAAAUCAAUUACUUUCAGAAACUCGAAAGAUUAUGUUAAACGGAUCGAAGACGAUGACGACGACGGCGAUGAUGAAAAUUUUGGUAUACCAGGACAGUCUAGUGUUACAUCAAAGAUCAACGGAUCUUCUGAAUCAAUGAUGAAUCCAACCGAUGUCUUGACCAAAGCUAAUGGACCUGAGAGUGCCAAUAAAGAAGGAAACAAGAGCUUGGCAUCUAAGAUGCCCAAAUUCAUAGUAAAACCAAAGCCCGCUGGUGCAAAUCCUCAGAAGAAGCAGAAGAUGGAAACCGACGCCGUCCAAGAUAACGGCAAAGCACUAGCUGCUGAGAAAAAAGACGAAGCUUCAGUAGAGAAGACCAAUGUUCUCCAGUCCCUCUGCCAGUAUGAUAGUGAUGAAAGUGAUGACUGAAGACAAGGCAAGCCCCCGCAACACGAUUGUGGGCGGAAGAGAGAGCACCAACAGUCACCCACACCCCUGCGACGGAGGAGCAGCCAAUGCACACAAAGCCAACUGUCUACAUGGCAACACUGAUCCGUCGGUAGCUCACAUGCCUCGAGCCCUCGACACAUCGUUGUCGCGACACUUGACAGCAUCGGAGAGGACAGCAUUCUGGUGCUUCCGCAGGUGCCAAGAGCAGAGAAGAACAAAUGCGUCCAGAGAAGCAUCAUUGACAAAUGACAACUGAUGAGACAUCAAACAGGCGCAGAUCGCAGGGCGAGUAUCAGGUGAUACGGAAACUUGGUCUGCCACCAUUGGAUCACAGAUCCUACGGCUCGCGGGAGUCUGUAUCAUUGGAGCAUCUAAGCUCGUGUAUGACCUGAUAUUUUGCCGCAGAUCGCACACAUAAGCGCCAUCAAUGUCUGCCCCCACCAUUGCGCAGAACUCUAUAUAAGAGCAACUUCAAUGGGAGGAACCAUUUGGUC